GGUGUGGAUUGCCGAAGCGGACAAAAUGCCGAGCCGCCCCCGCUCGGAAGGAGCCUGCCCGUCCGUCGUGGGGCCACUCCAGCUCCCUCUCCCGCGUGACGGGGCCAAGGCAGGAGAAGGAGAAAGAGCCUCGCCGGCUGCAGAGCCGCAGCCCGAGGAGCAUGUUGGCUUUGCACCCUCUGCCUCCGGAGGAAGAGCGCUACCGGCAGGUCCACGCCAAGCAGCCGGUUCCUAUAACAGAUGAAGAUAAUAUGGAGGAUGGCUGUUCUCAGAAACUGGUAUCUGCCAAAUACUUCCGAUUCUUGUUGCUGGUACUAAUUCCAUGCAUCUGUGCUCUUAUACUUUUGCUGGUGAUCCUUCUAACAUUUGUGGGUGUGUUGGGGAAAGCAUGCUUUUAUUCAAAUGGAAGUGACAUAUUUAGCACUGAUGGUGACACUGAAACAUCUGACACUCCUCUUCCAAACAUGACCGGAAGUAGCUUAAAUGUAGUUCCUUCAGUGGACAACAAAAUACAGCCACCAUCUUGGACAACUAACCCAAUCUUUCAUGUUGACCAAAUCCAUAAAAACUUUAGUAUACGUAAAGGAGCCACACAACUUGUCUCUCAAGCUCCAGCACUGAAAACUAGUUCUACUGAUGAAAGAACUUUGACAAAUGCCCCUGGGGACACAUCCUGGUCAUCAGCCAAAACAGAGGAAACGCCAUGGUCCACGGAUAUAUCCAUCAAUAUGGUAGACAAGACAUCUUCCCUUCCUGUGCUCAAACCUACAAACCCAUCUGCUGUGCAAGGAAUGACUAUGAAAAAAAGUUUCUGCAUAAAUAUCACCUACAGCCAAUGUCAAAUGCUGCCAUACAACCGUACCACUUCAACACCAGUCCUUCCCAUUGUCAAAAGCAUUGAAAUUGAAAAAUUUAUCAAGUUCUUCGGUUAUCUCAAUCGCCUCAGCUGCUAUCAACACAUCAUGCUGUUUGGAUGCAGCCUUGCUCUUCCUGAGUGCAUCAUCAAUGGCGAUGACAGCCAUGGACUCCUGCCUUGCAGAUCAUUUUGUGAGGCUGCAAAGGAAGGAUGUGAACCUGUUCUUGGGAUGGUGAAUUCUUCUUGGCCAGAGUUCCUUGCAUGUUCCCAGUUCCAAAACAAAAGUGAAAAUGACAACAUUACCAAGGUCUGUUUCUCCCCAGAACAAGAAACAGGAAAGCAAUUGCUUUGUGAAGGGGAUGAAAGCUUUGUGUGCAGAAGUGGAAUUUGUAUCCCAGGGAUACUGCAGUGUAAUGGCUACAACGACUGUGAUGACUGGAGUGAUGAAGCUUAUUGCAAUUGCAGUGAAGGAGUUUUCCGUUGCAACACAGGAAAAUGCCUCAAUUACACUUUUGUUUGUGAUGGAUAUGAUGACUGUGGAGACCUAAGUGAUGAGCAGAAUUGUGAUUGUAAUCCACUAACUCACUACCAAUGUGGAGAUGGGAGAUGCAUAAGAAUGGACUGGGUAUGUGAUGGUGACCAUGACUGCACAGACAAAUCAGAUGAAGUCAACUGCUCAUGCCACAGCCAAGGACUAGCAGAAUGCAAAAAUGGUCAGUGUAUUCCCACUGCUUUCCAGUGUGAUGGAGACAAGGACUGUAAAGAUGGAAGUGAUGAAGAAAAUUGUAGUAAAAGUCAGACACCAUGUCAGGAAGGAGAUCAGAAAUGUGCUUCUGCUUCCUGCCCUGAUUCCUGUAGCUCCUCUCCUUUCUGUGACGUGAAUAAUAGACAAGCAAAUUGUAGUCAGUGUGAACCAAUUACACUGGAAUUAUGCUUGAACCUGCCUUAUAACUACACUAAUUACCCCAACUACUUGGGCCAUAGAACACAGAAGGAAGCCUCAAUCAGCUGGGAGUCCUCUCUCUUUCCAGCUUUGGUUCAGACUAACUGUUACAAAUACCUUAUGUUUUUUGCGUGCACCAUUUUAGUGCCAAAAUGUGAUCUUCAAACCAAUCAACGUAUCCCGCCUUGCAGAACACUUUGUGAACAGUCCAAGGAGCGAUGUGAAUCAGUUCUUGGAAUUGUUGGUUUACAAUGGCCAGAAGAUACUGAUUGCUCUCAGUUCCCAGAAGAAAGCUCAGACAAUCAAACCUGUCUUACACCUGAUGAUGAUGUAGAAGAGUGCUCACCCAGUCACUUCAAAUGUCAUUCAGGAAGAUGUGUGCUGUCCUCUAGAAGAUGUGAUGGUCAGGCAGAUUGUGAAGAUGACAGUGAUGAAGAGAACUGUGGAUGCAAGGAAAGAGGUCUUUGGGAAUGCCCAACAAGCAAACUGUGCAUCAAACAUACAAUGAUAUGUGAUGGAUUUGCAGAUUGUCCUGACAAUGCAGAUGAAAAAAACUGCUCAUUUUGCAAAAAGGAUGAGAUUACAUGUGCCAACCAUGAUUGUGUGCCUCGUCAAGCUUGGUGUGAUGGGCAGAUACACUGUGUUGAUAAAUCAGAUGAAUGGGACUGUGUAACCCUGUCUAAAAACACAAGCUCCUUGAUGUUCCUAACUGUUCAAAGGUCAGCUACCAAUUACCACGUAUGCGCUGAUGGAUGGGAAGAAAGUUUAAGCCAUUUGGCAUGCAAACAAAUGGGUUUAGGAGGACCAUCUGUAACAGAAAUUGUCUCAGAGUAUGAGCAACCCCAUCAUGAGAAAUGGCUGAAUUUGCAUUCUGACUGGGAAAGCAAAAACAUAUCCACGUUACAUGCACAUUUGGUGACUGGAUUGCCAUGUAGAAGCAAGAGUAUGGUUUCACUUCUCUGCACCAGAGAAGAUUGUGGACGUCGGCCUGCAGCUCGUAUGAACAAGAGAAUCCUUGGCGGCAGAACCAGUCGCCCAGGACUGUGGCCAUGGCAGUGCUCCCUGCAGAGUGAACCGAGUGGGCAUAUAUGUGGUUGUGUUCUCAUUGCAAAGAAAUGGGUCUUAACAGUGGCACACUGCUUUGAAGGAAGGGAGAAUCCUGCAGCCUGGAAAGUAGUGCUUGGCAUCAACAAUUUGGAUCACCCUUCAGUCUUUAUGCAGACCCUCACGGUGAAGAAUGUUAUCCUGCACCCUCGGUAUAACCGUGCUGUAGUGGACUAUGAUAUAAGCAUUGUGGAACUCAAUGAAGACAUCAAUGAGACAAGCUACGUAAGGCCAGUUUGCCUACCCAGGAGGGGUCAGCGAGUUCAGCCAGAUACCUAUUGCUACAUCACUGGUUGGGGACACAUGGGCAACAAAAUGCCUUUCAAACUUCAAGAAGGAGAAGUUCGUAUUAUUUCCUUAGAACAGUGUCAAUCGUAUUUUGACAUGAAGACCAUCACUGGCAGGAUGUUAUGUGCUGGUUAUGAGUCUGGCACUGUGGAUUCUUGCAUGGGUGACAGCGGUGGACCUCUUGUGUGUGAACAGUCUGCUGGACGCUGGACAUUGUUUGGUUUAACUUCUUGGGGCUCCGUCUGUUUUUCCAAACUUUUGGGACCUGGAGUUUAUAGCAAUGUGUCUCACUUUACUGAAUGGAUUGAAAGACAGAUCUACAUCCACACGUUUCUGCUCCACUGAUUUUCCAGAAUAGAAAUGUUGUGCAAAGACAAAGUCCAAGGGCACCUAAACCAUGAAGAAUUUGAACUGAAGAUAUCUGAUGAAUGAGAAAUUCUGUAUGUUUCAGGGCACAGGAUAUGGAACAACAUAUAGCAAUUUAUACAUCCUUUUGUGCCAAAGAUGCUUCUGGGUAAUGAUGGUCAAAUAUUUUUGUAAUAAUUUCUGAUGUUUUUCCAUUAGCAGUGUUGUGAUACUUUUCACAUACACUCAGAAAAACGUAUAGAGGAAGAAUCAAACAAUAUAAUAGAUUAUAUUCCAGAAACAGAACUAGGAGUAGUACAAAAAUAUUAGCUCAUCAAAAGAGAAAGAUUGGUGACAGAUAAAUUUGACUUCUGUCUCUUGCAGUGAACAGCUGGCGUAUUUUCAAGGGCAACUGCCAUAUCUAUGGAAAAUAGUCUUUUUAAAAGUUCAAAAUACUUGUUUCUCUACAACUUCCAAGUAAACUUGAUUAUUAGUACAUAGCAAAAGAGAUAUCAAUUUAUGCCACUAUUCAGGCUAUGCACAAACCACCUGACAAAAAAGGCUGCUUUAAUAUUCAGAUCUGGUUACUUCUGCAUUUCUUUUCCUUGCCAUAGCCCAGGUUAGGAAUUUAUUUCAUCCUCCUAUUCUUAUCAGUCUUACUCUCUCAUCUUUUACAAUGAAACCACACAUUAACAUUAAUAUCUCUAGUCUUUCUCAUUUUUUUUUUAAAAAACUCCUUUCUCCUCUGUAGCAUUUUGCUUUAAAAAAAAAACAAAAAAACUUUACCUAUUUUUUCCUUGUUGUUCUAUGGAGAAAGUUGGCCUUCAAAUACUCCAAGACAUCUACUGAGAGCUUCACAAGUUUCCCAAUUGUCAUACUGAAAUUGUCAAAGACAGCUGUAUGGUCCUUACAACCUCUUCUUGGAGCCAUUUGGAUGCUACAUAAAAUUGCCGUCUUAUCCAUUUGUCCCUUAAAUAGUUUUUUGAGCAGCUAGAGGAAAUUAUUAAUCUUGAUGCCCCUUUGCUUAUCCCAGCUAGAAGUUCAGUGGAACUCAAGAUUCUUAAGAACCUCUCAGUACCUAUAUUUAUGUGAUCAGUCAGAUGCUCCCCUUGUAGCUAUUUCAGGAGCCUCAAACAUAUGAUCAGAUGAAAUCAUUCACAAAUCGCUAUAAAAAGUGAUGUUUCCGGAGACUAUGAAUCAGUAGACUAAAAAUUCAGGAUAGAUCUCUUAGUCCACAUAUUUAUCUACAAUGCAAAUUACUUUGGAGAGAGUAUACUCACCUGCCCAUAAAUGCAAAAGGUAGGAAAGAAUGAGCUCUUACUUCCUAGAUAAUAAUAAUAAUAAUAAUAAUAAUAAUAAUAAUAAUAAUAAUUUAUUUAUAACCCGCUUCCAUCUCCUCAAGGGGACUCAGAGCGGUUCACAUGGGGACCAAGUCCAAGAAUCAAACAGAUAAAAGCAGAACACAAUAAUGACAUAUAUAAUAUAAAAAAUUAACAGUAAAAUAACAUUCAUAAAAUACAACAGUGGAUAUCAGGACUAAAAAGGAGGAACUAUUAAAAAUUGCAAGGGAAGGCAGACAUGUGCAAAAACACAAGGUAAUAAAAUUAGGAAUAAGAAUAAAGUGCUGGAGAUUAGGGCAAACUCCUUCAAUCUCUGUUGGAGGAUUAAAAUAGUAAAACAUUUAUUAAGAAUGCUGUUACUAUCACUAACAAUCCCUUCCCCAGAGAAGUAUAAAUUAAAACAUCUCUGUCUUGACUAUUUUCUCUACUUUGGGUCCCUGGAUAACCUUAGGCAAGCCAUUCUCUCUCAGCUUUAAUUUCUACCAACUGCAAUAGAGAAACUAAUAUUAUUGAUUUACUAUACAGUGUCCUGGUAAAUUGCUGCUAUUAGAUAAUGCAUAUAAAGUGCUUUAAACACCAGAAACUAAUAUGCUGCUACUUCUCCAACUCCUUAAUGUCAUUGAUGCUAUUCUUAGAGUUAAACCAAAUUUCAGGGGCUGAAAUGUGGAGCGGGUUCCCUUAACCCAUAAUAGACUGGAGGGAUUUUUUUCCAGAACCUAUAGCAUCUUUCCAUAACAGACAAAUACUGACAACUAGCAGCCAGGAAUUAGAUUAAUGCAAACCUUUGGAUUCUUUCUCUAACAAAUUCUUAUGGAAUAAAUGAAUGAAAUCACAUUCCUGAGGUUACGGAUGAUGGAGUCUGGUCCGAUAAUCAAAACAUGUUCUUUGUACAUCUAUAUAAGAUGUUUUGCUCUAGGGCGAUGGUACUCUCCUCAAAUGGAAAGCCUAAUGAAAGAAUUUCAGAGAUUAGAAAUAUUAAGGCAGGGAUCUUCAAUUUUUUUUAAGAAGAGGGCCGGUUCACAAUUCUCUCAGAAUGUUUGAGGGGGCGGGGGUAUUGUUUGAACAAAACAUGAAUGAAUUCCAAUGCACACUGCAUGUAUUUUAUUUGUAGUGCAAACCAUGAAAAAACAAUACAAUAUUUAAAAUGAAAAACAAUUUUAACCAACAUAAACUUAUCAGUAUUUCGUUGGGAAGUGUGGAUGUGCUGAUGAGAUAGUCAAGUUAAUUAGGACUGUUGUUGUUGUGUGCCUUCAAGUCAUUUCAGACUUAGGGUGACCCUAAGUCUAAAGUUUAGGUCAGGAGUUGGAUAAAUAACCUUAGGUCCACAUCGUCUGGAUGCUGAGAAGAGGUCCGAGGCAGAAAAGGGCUGAAGGAAAGAGCCCAAGGGGCUGCAUCAGGCCCACAGGCCUGGGUUUGCCCAUGCCUGGUCUAUAGCUAUAUGGCAGUGUCUUAAGUAAAGAAUGACAAAACCAUCACUAGGGUUGGCUUCUUUAUGUUUUCCCAGUGAUUCAAGGAAGGGUUAUUAACACAGUGCAAACAAAAAUACAUAAAAUACAUAACACUGACCUCAUAGAUCAUUUUUAGUUUCUGUAAGAUAUGAAAGGAAAUGAUCUCUGAUAUCAGUAGAACAUGGCUAUAUGCUGUAUUGCCAGGUGUGAGACUGAAUUUCAAUUCUUACACAUUGAACGUGAUUGUUCAACAAUGGAACUAAGUUAAUAUGUAUUGUGUGUACCUUCAAGUAGUUUCUGGCUUAUGGAGAUCCUGUGCUAUAGGUUUUUUUUGUUUUUUACAAGAUUUGUUCAGAUGGGGAUUAACCUUUGCUUUCUUCUGAGAACAAGUGUGAUUUGCCCCAGAGUCCUACUACAACAUCCAAAGUACACCAUGCUGGUUCUCUUCCUAAAACCAAUACCUACCUAUAUGAGAAGAUAGUGAAUUGUCAUCUUAGUGCCUUCACAGGAUCUUGCAAAAGCAGUUAUAUGAAUUAUUACAUCAGUAUUUUAAAUUAAAAACUAGGUUGCCCAUUGGUGUUAUAGUGACUAGUAUCCAAGUUGGGACCUUUUAUUGUUCCAGAGAUCAAGAGUGCUUUUUAGUCAGAUCUACGGUUUGAAAAGCAACAUGACUUUGGUUACUUCACUCAGACUCUAAUCUUGCUUUACAUUUGUUCUAAUGCACAUGAAAAAUUAUGGCACACAAUGGAGAUUUAGGAUAUUUUUUUGUUUUCUGUGUUAAGAAAUAUCAAUUUAAAAAGGACAUUAAUGAUUGACAGAGUCAUGCAUAACUGUUAUCUACAAGAGUCCUGGGUCUUUUUCCUCAAUAGUAUCAAUCCACUAUACAACAAAGCAGAAGCUUUUGAUUAUUUGAUGGCCAGCUGCUUGGCUAUCAUCCAUUCAUGAAAAUUCAAGUCUACGGUGUUACGGGCACUUCUCUUUCCAUUUGGUGGCCUGGGUAGUGUAGCUGUGGAUCCCUAGAGUUUGCUCAUCCAUAAUCUAAUGAAUGCCUUUCUGAGGCUACUUGCCUCCAACAUAGUUCUCCAAGUUAUGAUUUCUGUGGAGACAUUUCCAUUGAAACCAGAUCAUUUCAAUGUUCUUAUUAAAGAGACAACUGAUUGGAUAUUGUAGGGGUGUGGAGAGUUGUGGUCUGUUUAAGCUAGAAAUAGGAUUGCUUAUACCUGCCGCCCACUCUACUCCCUAUUGCUCCUUCCUGCAGUAGUUUGCACUGGAGCCAACCAACUGUGGCAGACAGGACUAAGAAAAAUACAUUUGCUGUGGCAUAAAUGAUUUUUUCCAGUCCUAUUCCUUACAGUUGGUUGGUUCUAGCUUAACUCCAGUAUUGAAGAAGAGCAAGGAGUGAUAAACAGAGCAGAGAGUGUGUGUUUGAAGAGAAAUAGUUGUAAAAUCUUGUUUGUUGACAAUUCCCCAAAUAGAUUAUGCUGCGAUGCCAGCAGGAGUUAUGAUAUAGGAGUGGCAUACACACAGAUAGAAUGGGUGGUCUUUGUGUUGUUACAUUCAUCUGAAGAGAGAGGAGACGAUUCAGUUUCCUGAGGAGGAACUGCUUGCUUGUUUUCUUCCUCAGAGUGUGUGGCAGUCUUUUGCCUAUUUGCUUCUCCAGCCUUUUUGUCAUGUUGCUAGGGAUGAGGUGGUGUGGUGAAAAAAUAGGGCAGGAGGAGAAUGAAGUGGGAAAAGGAUGAGAGGAUCUUGAUUAGGAAGACCAACCUCCCUGCCCUUGAACCUCUUUCUUGCUCUGCCUCCCCAGUCCUUUCAUAAGCAGGAUUCAGUACCACAUCUCUUCUCACCUCUCCUCUGUUUCUUUUCUCUGUGGCUCCCAGCUGGCUUCCUCAUAUUUUAGUGGACGGCCCUCUACUUCUUCACACUAUGUUUCCUUCUGUUAGAUGGGAUAAUGCCGUGUGUUAUGUGUCACGGGGAGGGUACUAGGUUGGCUUCUUUCUGCCCUCUGUAUGUUUGUAGACCUCAAAUCAAAUAAUUUUGUUGUACAAGCCCAAGGCCAUGACAAAAAAGCACACAUGCACACAAUAGCACCCUCGGGAUCAACAGGCACCAGGGAUACAAAACAGAGAGCAUAAUCUUCUAAGGAGAUCUGCUCAUGGCUUGUAGACCAAAACUGCUGCCCCACCUCCACUUUCUAGUAUUUGGGGGAUGUGUGGAAGAAGAGACUACAAUAUUCAGUAUUAGCCAUAGUAAUUUUUGUUCCAUUACUAUUCUCUUUUUAAAAGGGAUCUGUAAUGGUUAUGGUCUGCAUGGGUAACCUGUUUAUUCUUAUGUUGGUGGCGUGAAACAGUUCCUCAGUAGAGCUUAAUUGACCCUUAAUGAAGUCUCUGACUGGAAGCUGUUUAGUCAAAACUGGGGCCCAGUUGUGGGAAAAUUCACAGUGCUGCACAAUAUCUCUUCCUCUCCACACAUUUCCAUCCUCUCACAUGGUUGGCACAGUGCUGUAUUUUAAUUACUGUAUUUUUCUUGGAAAUGCUGGCUGUAUUUAAGCCUUAGGACACAAUUUACAGUUUACUGUAAGCAAGCACCAUCAAAUAGAAUGUGUAGAUCUAGGCAAAAUUGUACUGUACAGCUACUAGUCAGUGUAUACAUAGAAUCCGCAUGGCUCAGAUGAAUGAAAGUAUUGGACUCUGAUUUCGACUGAAUGUUAGUAGGAACAUCCUGACCAUAUGAACCUUGGUCAAUGGAUAGUCAGACACUAGAACAGAAGGUGAUAGAUUCUCAACUAUUUGAAGUUUUUAAAGUAAGGUUACAUGUCCAGUUCUCAGGGGUGUUUUAACUGUAGAUUCCUGUAUCAGGAGUAGCAUCCCAAAUAGCUUGAUUAGAACCCUUUGCCAGAAUCCCAGAGGGAGGCUGUGGUUGGAGCAAGCUAUAGGACAGUAGUUCUCAACCUGUGGGUCCCCAGGUGUUUUGGCCUACAACUCCCAGACAUCCCAGCCAGUUUAUCAGCUAUAAGGAUUUCUGGGAGUUGAAGGCCAAAACAUCUGGGAACCACAGGUUGAGAACCAUUGCUAUAGGAGAAAUGGGAAGAGAUGGGAGUCUACUUCAGGGAUAAAGGAAGAAUUCCACAAGAGGGACCAAACAUGAAUUAUUGCAAGACCCGUUUCCUAUUUGCUCUUUUCCCCACACUACAAGCACCAUCAGCCGCAUCUGCAUGAAUGGAAGAAAGGAGCAGGAUGAAAUGGAAGGGGAUAUUAAAGUAAGGGUUGUCCUUAAAAAAAGGGGGGGGGAUGAGGUAUCUUAUGUAUGUCCAACAUGCACCUCUCUCUUCUUAGGGGAUUUGAUGAAUGCAUUCAACUGAAGGAUACAACCUGGGAAAUAUUCACCAUCCCACUGAUAUGAAAGACAGACUCCAAUACACUGUGCAAAACUCCCCCUUUCAUAUUGUGCAUUAGAAGUACUCAGUAAAAAAAAUGACAAAUGCUGCUUCAUCUUUACAUCAGUGCAGGAUAGGCUAAUGCAAAGUGAAAUAAUAUAGGGUUUCACCUACACUAGAAAACUGUGAGUAUGCUAUAAUGGAGAGGAUGGACUCAUGAAGCAGUUGGAGAAUUACAAUAUUAUAGAAUAUCUGUGUUUUCAGUCACAAAAUGUUGGAAGUUGUGUUAGAAGUCAAAAAAUACAUUUUUCAAAUAAAGGGCUUUGAAACAAUGAAUUAUACUAUGUAACAAAAUUUGAAAAAAAUUAUGUUCCUGUUUAAUUGUGCGGUACUUACUUUGGUCGUAGUUGUUAUACUCUAGAAACUUCUUUUUUGUGGCUGUCACAAACUAUGUUGAAUUGGUUGAGAGACUAUCCACCUCUUCACAUAGGGCAUUCUUUUGCCGCUUUUAUGUGUGGCAAGGACGAAGCCUGCCGUAUGCCAUAACAUGAUGCAUGGCAACCCCUGCCCACAUUUCUCCCAAAGUGGAGAGGAAGUGCCGAACGGUGCUUUCUCCUCCACUAUGGAGAGGAAAGUGUAGUUUGAGUAGCUCUGAUUUUGCAGUGUGAUGGCAGAAAGAGUGAUGGGGCAAGGUACAUUGCUGCUCUUUCUACCAUCUGAUGGGUGGAGGGAAAGGAUGCCAAAGCACCCUCUUCUGUCCCCGCUGUGUGAUGACUAGAGGAGGGAGGGUGUGCGGGGCACCAUGAGCCUUCCCUGCCUCCCCUUUCGUGGUGUAAUAGCAUGGCCCGAAAGGGCUGUGUGAAGGGGUCCUAAAAAUAUUUAUUGAAAAACUAUAGCAAAAUGUGCUGCAAGAUGUCCCGCAAAAACAAAGUUUUUGCAGUUUAAUAAACCUUUUCUAUGAUUUUAUGAUAUAAUCAAUUAGGAAAUGACAUUUAUAACCCGGGAACAAAAAUCAUGUUAAAUAGUGUAAUGGGAAAGAUUUGGAAUUUUUAUUCAGUCAUACUCUGCUGAACUGUCAACCUUGUCUGGACUACUUUUUGAGACGAACUUUGUAAUCUGUGUCUUCUCUUUUGAUGCACCUUGUGUAGUGUAUGCUAUUGACAAUGACCAUUGUGUUACUAAAUGUUAAUAUUUAUGUGGGUUGAAAAGCUGUACUUGAUUCAGCAUAAUAUCCCAUUUUCUCAACAACAAAAUAACCACCUGCCUUUUUAUGUUGCAUUCAUGCUGUUGAUUGAGGGUCAACAAACUGAAUAUUUCUCCCCUUGGAUUUAAUACAUGAUGUGACAUUUUUGUAGGACAAGGUAAAUUGCAUUCAUCAUUGUACUGAAUACAACCAACCUUGAAACACAAUCAUUACAAGUCGAAGGUUCAGCUCACACUUUCAUGUAAUGCUGUAUGAUGGUAUAGUGAAGAAAAAAUGGCAUGAGUUACUAACUUCAUAAUCUUGGCUGCUGUGGAAAAGGCCAGUUAGAUAGUUAGUUAUGGAAAACAGCCCAUUACAUCUGUGUGGUUAGGUACUUGCGUAUAACGUUACACUAGGUGGCUCAACUUAAUUAUUAUUUAAAUGGUGAUGGUGACAACAGAUUUGCCAUUAUUAUGUCGGGGGUGCUUUGAAUGCGAUUUCCUGCUUCUUAGCGGGGGGUUGGACUAGAUGGCCCUUGAGGUCUCUUCCAACUCUACUAUUCUAUGAUUCUAUGAUUAUAUAUGUGUAGAAUAUAUCUUUGUUGCAUUUGUCAUGUGUACUGAACCACAGAGUGGUGCAUGUGUACACUUAAUAUAGAGAUGCUGGAAUGUUUGGGGCAGAUUCGUUGUUGCAAUCCAACAGCUGGGGCACUUCCAGUUGCCUUCCCCUACUACAGAUGGAAUAUUCCCAAGCUUCAUGAGUUGGAAAUAAAAAGUCCAAGUGUGUACUGAAGCCUGAGACCCUUUGAGCUCAGUGGGACUUAAUUAGAACCAAUAUCAAUUAGGAAUUAGGUGGAUGAGUUUUCAAAUUCAGUUUUUUAAUGUAAAAAUUGAGAUUUUCUUCAUUAGAAAAACCUUACAAUUUUUGCUGAUGUUGAUGAUAACGAUGUUUAUUUAUAUCCCAAAUAAACAACGGGAUUCCCAGUUAUGGAUAUUUUUGCAACCACUAGCAAAAUGUUAGAUUCACGGAAUCACUCCAAUGCUAUCCAUGAGAUUUCCUGUACUUCAGAUAGAAACCGGCAGUCAAUAAUAUAUUAUAUUCCUUCAUUCCAGUCCGUGAAAUUUAGCCUUGCUCUACCUCAGUUGCCUUUUCGGUCCCUGAUGGUCUACAGAUCCUUAGCCUUCAUUCACUCACCUCCAACAAUAGCAGUCUUGUCUGUGUGAAGCUGUCUCCCAGCAUCUAUCUGUGAAGCUCUUUGUUUUUUUUUUAGCUCCAUGUCUUCUUUGCUGCUCUUCACAGAAAACCAUGUGUCGAGUUUUGUCUCUUAUUACUGCAGUACAUUUCCUAGCAAUUUCUUUCACAGCAUUCCAUGAAGAGAAAAUAUAUUUCUGUAACUUUGUAUGUGUAUUUUUCUACUGCUUUUUUCUAUGUAUGCUUAUGCAAAUAUUGUAUGUGCGUUUUAAAGAACCAGAUGUCCACCUUCUGAUGAAGCAGUGUUUCUCCACAUGUGUGGUCAUAGAUAGGCAGCCCAUUGUAUCCAGCCAUUAUAAAAGGGGGCUUUAAUUCAAUUGAUAUCGUUCAUACGCCAAUAUUGUUUCGCUGCCAUAUGAGAAGCUAAUGGUUUAAAUAAUGUCAUAUCAACACACUGGCGUGUUUAUAUUUUAAACUAUACAAACAAAAAUGCAGAUAUUUAUUUUUUUCAAAAUAAAUCCUGUGAACAAAA